AUGAUUUCUGAACUACCAUAUUCUUUAUGCUUUCUGCUUGUUCUUCUACAGCUUCCCUUUUUCACCAUUGUUCAAAGUUACAAUUUUAUAUCUUUUAGCUCAUCCCUGACUGCACAGGAAGACAGUAAGCACUGGGGCUCACCGUCCGGGGACUUUGCAUUUGGCUUCAGAAACGUUGGCAAUGCUGGCUUCUUACUAGCCAUCUGGUUUGACAAAAUACCUGAAAAGACUAUAGUUUGGUCAGCCAAUCGCAAUAAUCCAGUGCAACUAGGAUCGACAGUUGAAUUCUCUGCACAAGGCAAGUUAACACUCACUGAUGUUGCAACAGGACAACAAGCAAACAUUGCUGCUGAUCAGUCUAGGGAUACUGGAGUUGCCUAUGCAGCCAUGCUGGACACAGGAAAUUUCGUUCUGGCAACCGAAAAUUCAACCUAUUUGUGGCAGAGUUUUGAUCAUCCAACUGAUACCCUCCUUCCCACGCAGAUCCUUAAUGUAAACAGCAGUCUGUUUAACCAACUUACAGCAACAAAUUACUCAGAAGGAAGAUUUAAGUUCAUUCUAGAGUCUGGUGGAAAUCUUGUGCUUUAUACAAUGAACUAUCCAUUGAAGAGUACUAAUGUUAUAUACUGGUCUAUUGAAACUGGUAGCGGCUUUCAGGUCAUCUUCAACCAAUCUGGCUCUAUUUACCUCACAGCACAAAACGGGAGCCAACUUGGUUCGGUCUUACCAGAUACAGUUGAGACACAAGACGUCUACCAGAGAGCAACUCUUGACUAUGAUGGAGUUUUGAGGCACUAUACCCACCAGAAAGAAACCGACUCUUCAAGUGAUUGGUACACUUUUAGAUUCAUGCCUCCAAAUAUUUGCACAUCAAUUUUGGAAUAUACAGGUGGGGGUGCAUGUGGGUUUAACAGCUUAUGUAGACAUGAUGAGUAUGGAGGUCAUACUAAUUGCUCAUGCCCUCCGAGUUACAUCCCCGUUGAUCAAGAUGAUGAGAGGAAAGGGUGCAAACAAAACUUUGUUCCCCAAAAUUGUCAUAAAGCCUCAUCAGAAAAGGACCUCUUUGAAUUUCAAGAGCUUCCCAACACUGAUUGGCCUGGUGGAGAUUAUGAGCAUUUCCAGCCAGUUAAUAAGGAACAGUGCAAGAAAAGCUGCUUAGCUGAUUGUUUCUGUGCCAUUGCCAUUUAUAGUGAAGGAAGAAGUGAUUGUUGGAAGAAGAGAAUCCCUCUUUCGAAUGGGAAGAUCAAAGACGAUGUUGAAUGGUUAGCUCUGGUGAAGGUAAGGAAAGACAUUUCUACUUGGAAAACAGCAAAAGAGAAAUAUAGUCUAACUCUGCUCCUCGUUGGAGCAGUGAUCAUUCUAGUAUUAACCAAUUUGGGUGUUUCUGUAAUAACCUAUCUGGUUAGUUCUCAUGCAAUUGUCAGUCGACUUAAUCCUGUGGUUCAAGGCAUGAAUCUGAAAUGUUUCACUUUCAUGGAGCUAAAAAAAGCCCCCAACGGAUUUGAGGAAGAGCUAUGUUGCGGUGCUUUUGCAACAGUUUUCAAAGGAAUUUUAGCAUCUGAUGGUGGGAAGUUCAUUGCUGUAAAAAGAUUGAAUGCUGUGGUUAAAGAAGAUAAUUUGGAAUUCAAAGCUGAAGUGAGCGCAAUUGCCAGAACAAAUCACAGAAAUUUAGUCCAACUACUUGGAUUUUGUAACGAGGGGAAACACCAGCUUCUUGUCUACGAGUACAUGAGCAAUGGCUCUCUAGCAAGCUUCCUGUUCGGCAAGACAAGGCCCAACUGGUAUCAAAGAAAGCAAAUUGCCUUGGGAACUGCAAGAGGGCUCUUAUACCUGCAUGAGGAGUGCACCAGCCAAAUCAUACAUUGUGACAUUAAGCCUCAAAACAUUCUCCUCGAUGAUUUUUUCACAGCAAGAAUAGCCGAUUUUGGAGUGGCCAAGCUCUUGAAAUGUGAACAAUCUCGAACAACUACUAGAAUCAGAGGCACAAAAGGUUAUGUUGCCCCAGAAUGGUUCAAAAGCUUGCCUGUCACAGUGAAGGUGGAUGUCUAUAGCUACGGCAUUGUGUUGUUAGAGAUUGUUUGCUGCAGGAGAAAUUACGAAGCAGAUGCACCAGCUGAAGGUCAAAUGAGACUAGCAGAUUGGGCAUACAAUUGCUAUAAGAAAAAGAAACUGCAUCUGUUGUUGUAG